UUACACAGGUUUUACGGGUUAUUCCUAGUUUUUUUCGUUUAUGUAUAAAGAACGAUUCAUCAUGAGAGUAAAACAUGGAUUUACAAGAAAACUCAGUUGAGUUUAGUUCUUUUGGGACUCAGACAAGCUGUAUAACCGGAACAGUUUAAAAUAUUGCUGUUUUUUCUUAGUUUUUGGCAAGCACAUCAAUGAAGAGUAAGAAAGUAAUACAGUUAGUACAUUUUUUUUACAUGAAAAGCUUAAUACAUAGGAACAUCGUAGUACGUAAUCCAUCAGCGAAUGCAAUCAUUCAUUUAAAACGGUUGUAUUCAAUUGAGGAUAUACGCAAAUUGGACUACAAAACAUCAGUUCUUGAUUCUCGCAGCUACUCUGGCGAGAAAAGGGAGACCACUUCGCUUUGCAACAUCACCUUUUUCUUAAUUGAAUAAUGUGUCACUUUAUCAUAUUUCAGCGUACUUGAAUUUAGAGAUCCUCUAGGCUAAGACGAAUCUUUCCUCGCGGUUAGUUUGUCGCGAGAUUCGGAGUCAACCAGGCGUUGAAAUUUGUGCAAGAAGUGAAUCCAAAUCAAUACUUGUUUUAGAAAAAACAAUUUCCAUCAAAAUGGGGUGGUAUGGCAUCCCAUUCAUGGCAGUGAUGCUGUUCGCUGUAGCACCAGCUCUCUCGUGGCGACAGCAUCGUAUACGCCGAAGCAUUGAUCUCUCCGCUACCAACCCGCUGAUACCAGACAAUAAACUACCAACGGAUCUAGUUCCGGUCAAAUACGCGUUACAGUUGGAGAUUGAUGCUGACCAGUUAGCGUUUCACGGCAACGUUAAUAUAACAAUGGCAUGCACAAAGCGAACGAAUCAAAUAAAUCUACAUGCUCACCAUGACCUGCACGUUGACGAAGAGAAUAUCGAGAUUUUAGAAUAUACCGAGGCUGAUAACGGAAAAGUGAACACGUUGAAAAUUCGUCGUGUCGAUAGAGUGCCGAAAAAGCCACUUCUGGUUAUAUAUUUCCAUGACGACCUCACUGUUGGAGCUACGUACGAGGCACGCAUCAGUUUCAAAGGCAUGAUUUGGGAGAACACUGAAGGACUAUUCCAAGGCAAAUAUAAAUCUCAAGAUGGAGAUCAGCAGCAGCAGGAUCACUCCUAUUUUGCAUCGUACUUUCGACCGAACCACGCUCGUCGCGUCUUUCCUUGUUUCGAUGAGCCCUCGUUCAAAGUGCCAUUCCAAGUGACGAUUGUGCGACCCAAACAUUUGAAAACGCUAUUCAACACUGAUGUGAUGUCCAGCGAAAACUUGCCCCAGGAUAAAGUGGCCGAUCACUUCCAAACAACGGGCCCCAUUUCAACAUUUGCUUUAGGAUUUGUGAUGUCCGAUUUGGUGGAAAUCGUAAGUGAUCACGAAGGAACGGUUGAAAGUGGUAAUCCUGUCAUAAAAAUUUGGGCGCGAAAGGACUUCCACGAGCAAAUUAAGGAUGUCAAGCUUAAAAUUCAAACAGUGCUGGACCGUCUCGUCAAGGUCUGGAACGCCAGCUUCCCGUUGGAUAAGCUAGACAUUGUCGCGUUGCCGAAUUUUUCCUCUGUGAAACCAGCUGAUAAUUGGGGGUUAGUUGUAUUCAGGGAGAGUGAUUUGCAAAACGGAUACUACAGCAUUGCACAAGAACUAGUGUACCAAUGGUUGGGAACAUGGAUUAGUCCGCAUUGGUGGAGUGAUGCUCAUGUUAACAAAGCUGUUGCAGGAUUCCUGGCGGCAGCAACGACCAUCGAUAUCGACAACGGCGUUGAAUUCGAGGGUAAAUGGCCAAUGACGAUACUCUACUCUAUUUACUAUGAGUUCAGCAAACGUUAUCCUCAUUCACGAAUAACGGCUAUCAAACAAGAAACCACAUGCAGCAAAACUGAGCUGGUACUUCGCAUGCUCAACCUUACUCUAGGGGCUGAAACAUUCCAAAAGGGUUUGCAAAAGUUCAUCGAACACCGUGAAUACAAGACCUUUGUCAGCAAUGAUAUUUGGGAAGCACUCACCAAACAGGCCCAUUUAGAUGGAAAGCUCUGUGAAACGGCUACCAUCAACGAGAUAGCAGAUUCAUGGGUAACAAAAGAUCGCAUUCCUAUGGUUACGGUUAGUAGAGAUUACCAGAAGAGGACAGCAACCAUAACGCAAAGAGUGUAUCUCCGUGAAAGACCCCAUGAUGUUCCCGAACAAGACAAGAUGCUUUGGUGGGUUCCGUUAGUGGUUGUCCAACAAAAUAAUCUCAAUUUUACCAACACCAGUGCUACAAAAUGGAUGAAAAAAGUUAAGCAAGUAACGUUGGACAAUCUGACGAACUCAGACGAAUUCAUUAUCGUUAAUCCUGAAGAGAUAGGCCCUUUUCCGGUAAACUACGAUGAACGGAACUGGAAUCUACUGGCCAGCUAUUUAUUGAACGAAGCUGGUCGAGCAAAAAUUCCUGUUUAUACAAGAGCUAAACUGUUACACGAUGCUUGGAACUUGGCAUACGCAGGACAUCUCAGUUUCGCUACAGCCUUCAACAUGACCCUCUUCAUGCAAUAUGAGCGAAAUCAUCUGGUUUGGAAUCCGGUAUUCACACUAAUCGACCAUAUUGGCAGGCAUAUCGACAUGUCAGCCGUGCACAAAAAGUUUGAGAUCUAUGUGCGAACCCUUCUAACUCCGUUGUAUGAAGAACUCGCUCAAAAUCAGCACGAUGGUGAAGAGAAGUGGAGAACUAACCUACGAUCCUUGGCGAAAACAUUUUUAUGUCGUGCAGGGUACAAACCGUGCAUCGAAGAGGCCCAAAAAGUGUUCAAAAAAUGGAUGGACAGUCCCGAUCCUGAUCUCGGAAAUCCUGUAGCAAAUCAAUACAUUUGCCCUGUCUUCAAAUCUGGCACGCAAGAGGAAUGGGAUUUCGGAUUGCAGCGAGUAAUCAAUUUCCCGGAAUCACGAGUAAAGAGUGAACGCACUUAUUUGCUGAAAACCCUUGCUGGAUGUCCCGUACAAGCUUCCAAAAUUAAUCGGCUGUUGAAUAUCACUGUUCUGGAAGAUAACGGUAAUUUCACAGAUAACGAUAUAAACCUGAUCUUCAAAAUGUUAUCUGGAGGAUCCAGCGGAUACAUGGCUCUAUUUGACUUUCUACAAAAGAACUGGGAUGCCAUCAAACUGCGAUUCAAGGAUCGAGAAUUGUUGUGGAACAAUUUGAUAAACUCUGCAACUGGUCUUUUCACCACCCAAGAGGGUUACGAUAUGGUUUCUAAACUAUAUGUACAGCGCCAGGGUGAAUUUGGUACCGCUCAGCAUAUUAUCGAAAAAUCGUUGAAGAACAUCAAAGAGGAAACGAAAUGGAGCCAAGAGAAUCUUCCGAUCAUUGAGAAGUGGUUGGAUAACUUCCUGAGCCAGCAUAAGAGUAGUGAUGACCGAUUCAUAAGAUGAAAAAUUUAUGUGUCCCAAUAUAGUUUCUAGAUUCAGAUAGUAUUCCACAAAAAGAAAACAUUAAAUAAAAAUGUUAUGUACAUAUUUAUUUCUAUAAUAA